UCCUCUCUUCCUCCUCCUCCUCCGCCUCCUCCUACCAUCCUUAGUACCAGUACUAGGCUAGUCUAGCAGAGAAGAAAAUUCAAAAAAAAAAAGAAAUUAGAAAUUUAGCAAAGGGCAAAAAAGGGAGGACAAAAAUGGGUUCCGAUUUGCAAUUGCCGCCUGGUUUCAGAUUCCAUCCGACCGAUGAAGAACUUGUGAUGCAUUAUCUGUGUAGAAAAUGUGCUUCUCAAGUGAUUGCUGUUCCUAUUAUCGCAGAAAUUGACCUCUACAAAUAUGACCCAUGGGAUUUACCUGGUUUGGCUUUGUACGGGGAGAAAGAAUGGUACUUCUUCUCGCCGAGGGACAGGAAGUAUCCGAACGGGUCGAGGCCGAAUAGGGCUGCGGGGAGCGGGUACUGGAAGGCAACCGGCGCGGAUAAGCCGAUUGGAAACCCGAAGCCGGUUGGAAUAAAAAAGGCGCUGGUUUUUUACGCCGGAAAAGCUCCCAAGGGCGAGAAGACUAACUGGAUUAUGCAUGAGUACCGGCUCGCCGACGUCGAUCGUUCUGCUCGGAAAAAGAACAACAACAACUUGAGGUUGGAUGAUUGGGUGCUGUGCCGGAUAUACAACAAAAAGGGCUCAAUCGAUAAGCAACAAGUGAGCAGCAUCAGCCGGAAAAUGAUGAUGAUGAGCAACAGCAGGCAAGUGGAGGAGACAGAAGAGGACAAAAAGCCGGUGAUAAUGACGUCAUUGGCCGAGACAUCACCGGUGGUGUACAGCGAUUUCAUGUACCUCGACCCAGCGGAUUCCGUCCCCAAGCUGCACACCGACUCCAGCUGUUCGGAGCAAGUGGUCUCCCCUGAAUUCUCCUCGCACAACACGUGCGAAGUCCAGAGCGAGCGCAAGCUGAGCGACUGGGAGAAAGCCGCCCUCGAUUUUCCCUUUAAUUACGUGGAUGCCCCUGCCAUGGACAGCACCGGAAAUGCAUUGAUGAAUCCUCCUCCUCCUCCUCCUCACUUCCAGGGGACUUAUCAGAUGUCGCCGCUCCAGGAUAUGUUCAUGUACCUGCAGAAGCCGUAUUAACUUAAGGACGGGGGGGAAAAAGAAAAGGGAAAAAUCGGAAGUCCAUGUUUAUUACAGUGGAAAACAUGAAAAUUGAAAUUCAUGAGCGCUCGCACGUGUAACAUGAGACCUAGGUCUGUGAGUGUGCACGUGAGAGCUUUGCAUAGGGUAGGGUCCUUAGGGAGAACUGGAGAAGUAGAGGACUAGAAAAUUAAUUAAUGAAAAAAAAAAUAGUCUAGUAGCUGUAGUGGUAAGUAGUAGUAGUCAUGGUGGGUUUUAAGGGGUAAAAUGGGAAAAUAGUGUCCUCGAAUUUCUUGAGUUGGAAUUUGUUAAUAGAAAGUUGGAAUUUCAUGUGUAUAUAGACAAGGUGUCGUAUAUGCAUGCAUGAUGGAAAAGUUUUUAUGGAGGGUUUCAAUGGAUAUUUUGUAAAUUUUGUGCUUGUGUA